GGCUAGGUAUGGUAAUCAGACAGUUGCAGCAGUAUUCGAUCCAACGCGACUUCACUGGGCCAGCAGCGUGGCUGCAGCCUGCUGUCCAUUGGCCAAUGACAACACACCGCUUGACGUCAAUUUCAGAACGAACUGAGCCCGUAGUUAACAAAGUCGGACCUAUGCUCACGGCAUUCUCGUGAUGGGCGUUCGCGGUCUACACAGCUUUAUCGCACGAAACCCCGGGAGUUUCAAGUUAACUCGACUUCACAACACCUAUGUGGUGAUUGAUGCGGAUAACUUGGUGAGCAACCACUAUCGCGAAUCCGGUUUAGCGAAUUACUAUGGUGGCGAAUUGAUUGAGUUCCAAAUUUAUGUGUUGAAAUUUGUGAGACUAUUGCAACAAUGCUGCAUCAAGCCCAUCUUCAUCUUCGGUGGAUGCCUCGAACAAAGUGGCGGCAAACGGGAGACGUUACUGGAUCGCAACAUGGAGCGAAUCAACGCCUUGUGGGAUUUCAUCCAACAGGCCCGAGCAUCUGCAGAUCCAGACAGGAUGGCUUCCCUCGAAAAUCUACUACCGAAACUCGCCCAUCAAGUUGUGAUGGAGUUGCUAGAUGAAUGCGGCGUCCCAUAUAUUUGCGGCACCCGUAAGGCUAAAUUGCAAAUGGCUGAACUCGCUGUGGUACUUAACUGUCCGCUGAUGAGUAACAACUCCGACUUCUACAUAUUUCAAUCGCUUGUCCCAUCACGUUACCGAGUGAUUCCGUUCUCUUUACUAAACUCUACAUGUGAGCAGUUGCCAACGAAAUGCGCCGAUUGUGGCUCACAGUCUGCAACGUGCUAUGGAUUAUCAUGUUCCGUUUUCUGCCAAUAUCCACCUUGUUUGAACAAAGUGAAACCGCAUUUACUUCCUCUGCUAGCGGUGCUUUUGAACAAUGAUACAAGUUCAAACGUUCGCCCGCCUGAUAGCGUCGAAUGCCUAAUAAAACAGUCUCAAGGCGCGAAGCGGGUACAUGAUGUGCUGCAUUGGUUGGAGCGAUUCUCGGACGAACCCUCAGGUGCGAUACGUGAAAUUUUGUCCGGGUAUGCCAGGUUCGAGUUAGAAGAGAUAACUAAACAAGUCGCGCAGUGCAUCCAUGGGUAUUUUCUUGACUCGUUUACGGAUGGUUUUGAACUGGCCAAUGAAUUGAACCUCCCUACGGACACUGCAUUUGCCCUGCACGCACCACGCGGGAACCCACCUGUUAACAUUGAUUCUAUUUCAGUGAAAACACUGGAUGAGGCUGUUUCAUUGCUCUCUCAGGCCCUAGCUCACUGGGAAGUUGCGGAGGUUGAAAUGAAUGCGGAUUUUUGCUUCCGAUGGCCGCGGCAGCUGAAACGUGCUUAUCGAACUGGUCGCAUAACAAUUUCGCUGCUUGAUGCGCUUUACAUGCGUGGUGGAGGUGUGCUAUGGAUUCUGUAUGAGGAUCUGAACUACACGAAUUCCAUCUACUCCGUGAG